GACGAAGAAGAAAACAAACACGAAGAAGAUAGUACAUAAUAAUAAUAAUUGCUUCGUAUAUAUAUUUAUAAAUAAUAAACUCCAAUCACCAAAGCUGCUCUGUAACUUGGUCUUGUUCAAUGUUAGUAGUCAUUUAGAUCUUGAGAGAGAGAAAAAUCAAAAGUCAAACAAUGGCGUCGAAAUCGAAGAAUAACAUUCGUUACCAACCGAGAAAAGCAUCAUCGAGAUCGACUCAAGCGUUCACGGUGAUCAUCCUUCUGCUCGUGGUGAUUAUGAUUCUUCUCGGUCUCGGGAUCUUGUCACUUCCUAAUGCCAACAGAAACUCUUCCAAGCCCAACGACUUGACCAACAUUGUACGCAAGAGCCAGGAGCAGAGUAGUGGUGGAGAUGAGGAAGGGAACGGUGAGCGUUGGGUUGAAGUGAUAUCGUGGGAGCCUAGAGCUGUCGUUUACCACAAUUUCUUGACCAAUGAAGAAUGUGAGCACCUGAUCAACCUCGCUAAACCCAACAUGGUUAAGUCAGCUGUGGUUGAUGAGAAAACCGGUGGGAGCAAAGACAGCAGAGUAAGGACGAGCUCUGGAACUUUCCUUAGGAGAGGACAUGACGAAGUUGUUGAGACUAUUGAGAAAAGGAUCUCAGAUUUCACCUUCAUUCCUGUUGAGAAUGGAGAAGGUCUUCAGGUUCUUCACUACCAAGUAGGACAAAAGUAUGAGCCUCACUAUGAUUAUUUCUUAGAUGAGUUCAACACCAAGAACGGAGGGCAACGUAUAGCUACUGUACUUAUGUACCUCUCGGAUGUUGAUGAUGGUGGCGAGACCGUGUUCCCGGCUGCAAAAGGAAACAUUAGUGCAGUCCCAUGGUGGAACGAGCUCUCGAAAUGUGGCAAAGAAGGACUCUCUGUUCUACCAAAGAAGCGAGAUGCUUUACUUUUCUGGAACAUGAGGCCUGAUGCUUCUCUAGACCCUUCCAGUUUGCACGGGGGAUGUCCAGUGGUGAAAGGAAACAAAUGGUCAUCCACCAAAUGGUUCCACGUCCACGAGUUCAAGGUCUAAAAUAGAAACUAAAAUUUGAAGAGGUUUUCACGACAGCUCAAGUUUGUGUAUUGUUGUAUUUUCCCUUUUGAAGUGAGGAUCAUUACUUAGAAAACUGGAGACUGUUUGUUCACGAGGGAUAUUUGAACAUUUUCUACUUUUUUUUGUCUAAACUACUUGAGAUUUUUGUAACUUUACAUGUUCAGUCUGAGUUUUAUAACUUCAAUAAUACAACCACGCAUUUUCUAUUUGCA